UUCACCAAUUCUCUAAAAACAAAGAUCUGUUAUCAUGAGGCGGCAACACCACGCAGUAAUGGACAACAAACUCGCUAUAUGUAUUUCAGUUUUCCUCUUUCUUAUCCUUGGAGUAAAAACAGAUGCCGAAGAUGAUUUAGGAAAAGGCCUUGGUGAAAGCUAUGAUUGGCAUACAUUACAAGAUGGACUUAAAAUUUCUCAAGAAACAAGAAAACCAUUAAUGCUGAUCAUCCAUAAGUCCUGGUGUGGGGCCUGUAAAGCUUUUAAACCCAAGUUUGCUGCAUCUAGUGAAGCACAGGAACUGAGUAAGGAGUUUGUUAUGGUGAACACAAUAGAUGAUGAAGAACCAACUGACAAGAAGUACUCCCCAGAUGGAGGAUAUAUUCCUCGCAUCCUCUUUCUUGACUCCCAAGGUGAAGUACACCAAGAACUGUAUAACAAAAAUGGAAACCCAAAAUACAAAUUCUUCUACUUUGAUGAUGAAACAGUUAUAACAUCAAUGAAGGAGGCCCUAGAGGUGUUAGGAUCUCGCUCUACAAAAAGUGAUGAACUUUAGCUAUUUACUACAACCAUGAUAGCUCUCAAUUCAGUAGGGAGUAAUGUUCAGUAGAAUCUCAAUUCUCUCUUUUAAUUCUAUUUAAUCCUCAAAUGCAAUACAGUACAGUAUAAGACUAUACAGUAUAUACAUUUAUAUUUAUUUUAUAUUUUCCAAAGCAAUAAGCCAGAACUUUGAAGGGCUCAGUGUAAGACAGACAAAGAAGACAUUGGAACAAAUAAUGAAGAUAUGAGUAGGAAAAAUAAAAAAAAUGUGAUGGUGAUAUUGAGGGGUAAAUCAUUGUUGAAAAGGAUGUGUUAUCCACCAAAAUCCUUCCUGAUAACAAGCUGUGAAAAUAUUCACCAGCCCUAAACAACCCUGGGAUAAAAGUGAUAAUUAUGAGGUUGCCCAGAAGUUACAAUUGAAAAAGAGUUCUUCCAAUAUAUGAUAAAGGUGGAGUGUACUGGUAAUGGAUAGACAGAUUACUGAUCACCAUGUUAUGCAGUUAAAUCUAAUGAUAUCAUAUAUGACUGAGUUGCAGAGAAAUACCAUUACCCACUCCAAGAUCACUUAUUAUUGAAAGGAUACAAGUACUAGUGUGACAAAUAAAUGGCACCCUCUACUCCAGCAGUCAUCACUCCUACAUCAGCAUUAAAAAUGGAGGUGACCUUCACCAGCAGCAAAGAUCUUGUUGAAGUUUCCCACAAACCUGUUGUUGAGUGUCCUGCCUAUCACCUCCACACUUGUAACUGAUGCCAACAUUUAUAACACUUACUGUAGUAGACCACAUCUGAGGACAGGACUUUGUGUGGCGUGUAAAAUAGUGCUGUAUUGUACUGUACUUUAGAAAUGUAAAUAGGUACCACAGUAGGUAUAUAUUACAGCUGUAUAUUAAUGACUGAUAAAGUACUGUAUUAUCUAUGUUGUCAGAUGUAGCAACAGUUCUGUUAAACCAUGAAUACUUAUUAAAUUGCCAGUCAUUAAAAGAAAACGUAAAUGUGUAGGGGAGCAAUUAAAGUCACAACAGACAAGAAGACUGAAACAGUAAUUGGUUAGAAAUGCAUAUGGAGUUGGGUUAAGCAGUCCCCCACCAUAGUAUGGUAUUGGUAUAAGAAAGAAUCAGAUAUUUUGGAGUUUAACAAGUUGGUAUGUCAUUUUGGAUUGGAUAUUAUGAGGUGAUGAAAUGCAGGCGAUUGUGUGGCAAAAAAGUCAGUAAAACUAUGUUGAUAGAAGGAUUAUGAAGAUGAUCGAGAGAAACAUAAACACCCCCCCCUUCCCCAUGUUCUUUACAGUUGAAAAAAUUUGGAAGUGAAUGUGACAUGUUGAUUAAUAGAGAAAAAAGAAAAUGGGGUGAUGAAGCUGAAUGGAUAAAGCACUUGCCUCCUGUCCUAAAAUUACUGGUUCUUGCCCAGUGCACCCCACUGUAUUCAUAUGUGAAUGGGUGUAUGAUUUUGCAAUUGGGAAAAGAAAAGUGGUUGAGUGCAGUUCAGCCUCCUUAUGUACCCAAAAGACUACGUCUAUGGUAUACUGUAUCCACAUUUGACACCAGCAGGCUGCUGUGCCUCUGGGACAGCAGCCUGCUACACUGGUAGAAUGGUUUUGUUUAGGUCACCUUUAGUAAUAGCAGUUUGUUUGAUGAAUUAAUCUGCCUUAAUUAUUUUAAAUAAAAUGAAAUAGGUGCUUAUUAAUGAGAGAUUAAUAUUGAUCUACUGCAUUAAAUCCUCUCAAUACUGGCUUCCUCGUAUCAAAAAAGCGUAUCACAUCCUGGGUUGAGAUACAACUUGCCAAUGCAUGGUUUAUUUUUCUCAACAUCUGGUGUGUGUGCUACACAUGUUCCCAUGUGAAAGACUACCUCAGAGACACCACCCAUACCUAUGCACUGUUCUUUUUGAUUAAGCACACCAAGUGGAGGCUGUGAUGGGCUGUCCCUGGUUGCCUAGCUUUCCCAGGCAAUCUCUCAUAAGUACAGUACUGCUGUGGGUGCAAUACUUUACACAGUUUAUGUGUUGCACUUAAAUUUUAUGGCUUGUAUACGUACAUGUUUUUUAAGUUUUUCACCUUGACUGAGGUGUUGAGAAAGACU